CGACGAACGAAUCAGAACACCCAUUUUGUCAAGUGAGGAAACGAAAGCCCUCCUGUCCACGUUGGUAUCGGAUCUGACAUUACCUUGGCUACCAGCGUGCAGUGCCAUGCGAGAGGCGAUUCCAGAGACUGAGUUGUGCGACAAUGUCACGCUUUUUAUCUCCUCACUUGAAACGAAUAAACCUGGGGAUCUGGCAAGAGAGUCGCCAACUAGGGCAUUUGGUCGUACUGGUUCUUCGGGAGUUCUUCAUAGUGGUAACAGUGGUAACCAGCUGCACAAUGGGCAAGAACCGAUAGUCGAUCUAGGUCUGCUGGACGCGCAACAUACCAGAGCUGUUUUGCAAGAGGAGGACACUUCGGCUUUCCUGGCCAAGAUGGAGCAAUUGCACAUCGAUAAGCUCUACGUUGAAGAACUUCAGACUAUGCGUCGCCGUGUUGAGAAGGUCGAAAAACAAGUCGAAGAUGCCAAAACAGGCUAUUUUCAGAAAGAACUGUCAAGAUUGGACACGAAAAUCGCUUACCUAGAACGAGUUAUGGCCUUAGCCGCGGGUUCCGAGUAUUUAAGGGGUCAGCCUGGUACGUACGAGUUUGCCUUGCGGUUUCUACUGCGUCCGCGCGACGUUUGUGAUCCUAGGAGAUGGGAAAAGAUUCAGCAGAACAAGAUCGUGUUGAAUGCCAUUGCAGCCGUUGGGGCCGAUCGGGAGUUGUGCUUGACCUUCGAGAACAUCAUCGUACCAGCUGCACUGGCCGAAGACCAGCACACGCGAGUUUCUACAUCGGGACAUGCUGAAGGAGAUGCUACCUGGCCUUAUACUCCUAUCGAGUUCGAGGGCGGUAAUGUUGAGCAGAAAGCAGUCGUAGAUAGCGACAAUCAGCGCGUAGUUGAGUUCCUGAAAGCAGAAGGAAUCCUUGUGCAGGGGACGGAAGAUGCUGUGGAAGUUGAAUCGCGCUCAGAGCAGUCAUGUGCCGAAUUUCUGAAGACUCCCCUUGACGCCUUUUGUCAAGCAGAAGCGCUCUCACCCGAAGCGAAGACCGUUGCUUUGCGUGUGCAACGCGUGCUAGAUACGUUUCUAAGUGUCUAUGGCUUAUCAAAGAAUCUACUGUCCAGCCUAAGCCCCUUACUCAACUACGAGCCGCGUGCGGCCGCUCUGCUGUCCUUCUGCAAAUUUGUGCGCGGGCUGGAAGAACGCGUCAUUCUAGACUGGAUUACGCUGUUUUCGAGUGCGUUUGAAGCGCGUCGUCUAAAGUUUUCCUCGCCAGCUGGGACCUUUUUGUUCGGAGAACAUGAAGAAGGACACGAGCCAGAAGACUUUGGGGAAUUUGGGGAACAACAAGAACAAGAUGAUAUAGUUGCCGAUCCUUCAUCUUUUCUGGAUCCGAAUCUUGCACUCUACUUAGCCCCCACAAGAACUGAGAGUAAAACUUCUACGAGAGGAGCAGUACCAGGAGAAGCAGCACGAGGAGGCCGAGAGGGGCUACAACAGGAACAUCAGCAUGACUCUUCAAAAAGGAAGCUGCAGGUGCUAAAGAAAACACAAAUUUUGGCAGUCAAGGUGCGUAUGCAACGGGAAAGUCUGAAAAACGCAGAAGCAGC